CCGCCCGCCCGCCCGCCUUUCUGUCUCCUCUCUCCCGCCGUACUGGACGGCCCGGGUCCAUUUCCGGGAGCCGGGGAUUUAGUGCAAAUCCGGGCCGGGGGCGUGGGAGCAGGUGGUUGCGGCGGGGCAGCCGAGGGCGCCGGGGCCCGUCUCUCUCCGCCUUUGUCGCCAGCGCCCGCCCGGCCCUCGCCCUCCUCCACGGCCGCGCGCGCUGCCGGCCGGACUUUGCGCCGCGUCGGGCGCUGCUGGUGCGCGCGGGGCCGCGCUCGGGGCCGGCGGCGGCGGCGGGGAAGCGGGUGGCCAGGGGCCGCCAAGACCCCGGCCAGACAUGGCUGAAGUCAGCAUCGACCAGUCCAAGCUGCCGGGAGUCAAGGAAGUGUGUCGAGAUUUCGCUGUCCUGGAGGACCACACCCUGGCCCACAGCCUGCAGGAACAGGAGAUUGAGCAUCAUUUGGCAUCAAACAUUCAGCGGAACCGUUUGGUCCAGCAUGAUCUCCGGGUGGCUAAGCAACUCCAAGAGGAAGAUCUGAAAGCUCAGGCUCAGCUUCAGAAGCGCUACAAAGACCUUGAACAACAGGACUGUGAAAUUGCUCAGGAAAUCCAGGAAAAGCUGGCUAUUGAGGCAGAGAGACGGCGCAUUCAGGAGAAGAAGGAUGAGGACAUAGCUCGCCUUUUGCAAGAAAAGGAGUUACAGGAAGAGAAAAAGCGAAAGAAACACUUCCCAGAAUCCUCUGGAGCCAAUGCUUAUGGAGAGAGUUACUAUUAUGAAGACGGAGGUAACAUUGCCUACAUCAUGACCUACUCUAUCCUUAGAUUCAAAGCUUUUUUCCCCAUUCAUCUUGUCUUUUAAACAUAAGCCAAUGGUGACAAAUUAAAAUUUAUGAUUCUCUGUCCAUUAUUUUUCUCUUGAUGCUUUCUUUGCUAUUCAAUUACCACAUAGAAAACUUUCUGGGGGAAGGAAGUCCCUUCAAAGUUUCUCUUUCUAGUGCCUGUGCUUGCAGUGGUGGUGGGCAAUUUCGAUGGUGGUGGCUCUUCACCUUCAGUGUGUUGGGAAACGAGUAUUUGCAGGUUAUUGCUCAGUCAUUUUAAAGAUCUGUCAAAUGAAGAUAUUUCCUAUAGUUUCUAGUAUGAGUGUUUAUUGUAGUUCAUCUCAGAGGCCAUACUUAGGAUAACAAAUAAAUAAAAUCUAAAGGCUGCUUCUAGAGAGUAAAGAUUUAAGUUAGAUGGUUUUAAAGACCCUUGCAAACUAAUUGUCAGUUGCUUCUCUAUAAUUUCAUUAAGAAAGGUAAGUGAGUGUUUGUUUUUAUGAGUAGAAUGAAAGGAAUGUAUAUGCAGAUUAUGGAAUUAUCACAGUUUAGGU